AAUCAAUACUCAAGUCACCUUUGACGAAAUGAAAGAAUCCAUCCACUGUACACUAUUGUUGGGAGGGAGCGUCCCGACGGCUAUGUGGGAAGGGUGUGCACCCUCACAGACGGCGUCGUGUAUACAUCCCCUAAGCAGUCCUACUCCUACAGGCGCGUUGAGAGGUUGGUGACCGAAUCCUGACGAUUACCAUGUUACUUCGUGAAUUUUAUUGACAAAAAGUGAUGACACGCUAAAUUUCCAUCGAAAUCAUUUCCGGAAAAUCUAAUGAAUAAGGAUGUGCUGAAAUUUUGUCUAACAACAUAACCUCAAUAGGUUGAAGCCACUACAUCAAAAUUAUAUAAAGUGGAAAGCUGUCAGAGAAUGAAAAAUAGCAUCAAAAUCAAAGAUGAAUGAUAAUGGGUCCAUUUGUUCGAUUUAUGAUAGCAUCUUUCUAUCUUCUCAUUCAAUCAAACCUAAUUGAAAUAAGAUGCACAAAAAAUUCCUUGUCGGACAUAAAAGUUUCUGUACCAUCGACCCAUACCACGCUCAGCGGAGAUGUUCAUGUUGAAAUCAAGUCUGCAUCAACAGCCGCCCUAUCCGUCCAACUCUUCAGACAAGAGGGCAAGUCGGUGCGAUCAUUAGCCAACUUUUCAGUAUUUCCCGAACUUUCAACAAAGAACCACACAGAACUAAACAUCCCUUGCGGGUAUUUUUCCACGGGUGGAAAAUACUAUGUUUUGGUUCGUGAGAGGAAUUUCAACGAGCUCUACGGAGAUCUCGCAGACAACGAGAUCAGAGAAACCUCUAUUAUUACCGAGACGAUAGAUGUUCAAUGGUCGAUGCCCAAAUUGAAAGUAGUGCCUGAUCAUAUACAGACUUAUCCUAAGAGUCCUGUGAUUGUAACGUUAGAGUUUCCUGAAAUGGCUUGUCCGCCAGCUUCCGAAAAUUUGGGGACUGCAAUGCCGGAGUUUUGGUUCGAACUAUACUAUUGUGGCCAUUCUUCGACGUCUUGUGAUAGCUCAAGUAGACGUAAUCAAAGUUAUCAGAUUUUACAUACUGAACAAGUGAGAACUUUUCCUGGAGAGCAAAAUAUAACUUUGCACUGUGAAUACUUUGGACUUGCUGGAUAUUACGCUAUAUUCAUCAGAACGACAACACAAGACACUUGGACGUCACACAAAUCUGUUUAUUUGAAGGCUGACUGGAGCGAAGAGUUUGUUUUCAACGUACACGCUCAAAGCAUAUUUCCCUGUGACAGACACGAUGGGGGAAUCACCGUUCUGUUCCAGUAUCCAGCAUGUAUCCUUCUGACUGGUGAUCGGGUACGUCUCUUCGCUAAAAAUCGUGCAGACGUAGCAGCUCUGGUACCACCAACAAGUUUGGAGUAUGUUGCCGAGCAAAAAGUACAAAAAGGAAGCAACAAGCUGAAAUUCGACUGUGAUCUCUUCAGUGAACAUUUCAUUGAGUACUGUUUCGUAUAUGUGAGUCAGGCAAUAACAGGAGCUGUUGCUGAUGUGAGGAUGGAUUGUGUUCCUACUCUUCCAGUAAGAGAAUCGAAAAAUGGAGGGUGGGGACCGUGGAGUCCAUGGACACCAUGUUCCAGCACUUGUCUUGGUGGUACACGCAGUCGAUUUCGAUUAUGCGAUUCACCCUUACCGAAAUUUGGAGGAAAAUUUUGCAAGGGUGAAGCAGUUGAGACAAAAAAAUGUGGUACAGACAUCGACAACAUCUGGGAUUGUUUUGAUGGAAGUUUCGAUCAAUUCGACCAUAGGAUAGCAGAAAUCCCCAAUAUCAAAGAUGAAGUUGGUCUUUAUUGUCGUUGUGGAUGCGUCGUUCAUCUUGGACGUGCGAAUCCCAAACGCAUACUAGCUACUUCUUCUCAGAGCUGCCCAGGCAGAAUAUUUUGGCAGAUACAGGCUGAUAUGCACCAUAUCAUCCAGUUCAAAAUCGAGUGGUUCGAAAGCUCGUGUGGUAUCCAGUGGCUCAAAAUCCGUGAUGGUAUGACUUUGUCUUCGCUCCUACUUGCAGAUUUUUCUGAUCUCACAGAGACGAGAUCCAAAAUAAUCAAUUCCACAGGCUCAACCAUGCUCUUAGAGUUUUAUUCCGAUGAACUGAUAAUGAACCGUCAAACCUGUGGUGGUGGAUUUCUUGCAUAUGCCAGGCAACUAGAAUAUGAGAGUGUAUCUCCUUUCAUUAUACAUCAGAGUGGCAAUAUGUCGCCAUUUGUUAUUUUGAAAUUAACUGCAGUACAUUCCACCGCAAUUUUUUUUCUGAGUGGGGUGUUGAUUGCGAUAGCCCUCUUAGGAGCACAAUACACAUUCCGAUAUAGGAAAUAUCAUAUUGCAUACACAGAUGACAAUGAUUCAGCUGUCGAUAUAUCAGCAUCCUGUGCUACCUUGAUCAGUAGAAGAUCCUCAAAUUCAACAUUAUUUUCUGAAGUGUUGUCUUUACAUCCAUUGGGACAAAAAGUCAAAACAGAAUCUCAUAAUCUAGAGCGAGUAAGUGUCAUCCAUGAGAGUCGAAAAAAUUCUGAAGGAUCGAGUAAGAAGGAAGACUCUGAAAAAGAAACAGAAAUCAAUGUAAAGGAUGCUACAGAAAAAGAUACCGCUAAUGUCAAGGAUAGUAAACAGACUGAAAUUGAAGAGAAAGAUGAUUCAACGGAAAGUAACAAAACGACGGCAGAUACGAGUCCAAAUCAAGGCUCCGAUGAAGUCAAUGUUUUAACUCCAGCUAAGGGUGAAUAUUCUUCAUCGAGAAAGUUGAUCAACACCGCCACUAUAAGAAACACAAAUCCAAAAGAAGCGAAAGAGAAAAAAAAUAGGGAAAGACUACUAGCAGGGCCCAGUGGUUCUGAUUGCUCUAUUUCUGGUAAUGGAAUCGAUCUAGAGGUUGACUAUUAUGACUAUAAUGUAAGAAAUGCUGGUGCUGCUCCUGGAUCGUAUUUGGGAAUGGAUCCUGCAUUUCUCGUUUAUAUUCCUCCACUUUAUGGUAGUGGUGAGUUAUCGGUAGAAGAAGAAGAGGACCAAAAAUUAGCAGAAGAUCAAACAUCAAAUGAAGAUGAUGAUGCGGAAGACGAGAAUAUUUCUAUUGAUACUCAAAAAACUCUAAAAAGCUACAAUAAAUGUAUAGAUAAAAACAAAUUAUUGGAGAAAAAAUCUCCAUACAAACUAAUGUCUAGUGACGAAGCAAUAUCACCAUCUAUAUUGGAGAAACCUGUAGUUUACGAAUCGAAAGUUGCCCGUUUGCAUCUACAAGAUUUAACUGGUGAAAACGUAAAAAUAUCAAAAACAAAGAUAGAAGAAAUACAGAUGAUUGACAGUAAUAUAUUGGAUGAAAUAAAAUUUGCAGAUGAUGAAGACGAUGAGAAGCACUAAUAUCAAAAUAUUAGUCAAUAAGAUUAUAUAUUCGUAAGUUAUUGUAACUAGAACUACGCUUU